UGUUAGCCAGGAUAUAGAACAUACUGCUGCAAAGUUCUCUAUCAAAACCGUCAAAAUUCAACAAAAUCUCAACAUGUUGCACGAGGCAUUGAUGCUCGAGAUCUACAGACAGGCGCUAAAUGCCGGCGCUUUGCCCACAGCUCGUCCCCGUUCCACGGAAUCGGCCAAUUCCAGCGAGCGGUGUCCCUCGCACGAAUCCAAUUCCUCCGACAAUGGGGGGCAGCGCGGGGACAACAGCGGAGGGGGUGUGAUGCCAGCCACAUCCAUGCACUCGACAUUCCCGGCCGUGCCGCAGAACCUGCCCGCACAGCCCCCCUCCAUGGAGGCGUAUCUGCAUAUGGUGGCCGCGGCCGCACAGCAGUACGGCUUCCCCUUGGCUGCGGCGGCGGCCGCAGGACCCCGCCUGCCCCUGCCCCUGCCCAAUGAGGCGGCGGCCCCGUUCAAGCUGCCACCGCAAGCAUCGCCCACGGCCUCCAGCAAUCACUCGGAGGCGCUGGACUUUCGCACGAAUCUUUAUGGCCGGGCGGAGUCCGCCGAGCCGCCAGCUUCCGAGGAGGAGGAGGACUUCGAUGACGGGGCCAACAAUCCCCUGGAUCUGUCGGUGGGCACACGGAAACGCGGCCACGACGCCGAGCCACAGCUGGGCCACAUCCAGGUGAAGAAGAUGUUCAAGUCGGAGAGUCCUCCGGCGAUUCCUUCGCCUACGCCGGCGCCGCCCACUGCCAGCCAACUGAUGCCCGGAGUGAAUCCCUAUCUGGCGGCUGUGGCGGCCGCCAAUAUUUUCCGCGCCGGACAGUUUCCCGACUGGAAUGGCAAAAGCGAUCUGGUGGUGGAUCCCCUCGAGAAGAUGUCGGACAUUGUGAAGGGAGGCGCCCAAGGACACAAGGAGAAGCAUCAUCAUCAUCAUCAUCAGUCGAAGGCCACACCGCCCGCACAGUCAGCACCGCCAAAGAGUCCCGCACAGCAGCAGCAACACCACAAUUCCGAGGGAGGAUCUGGUGCAGCAGCAGGUGCCACACCCGCCUCCGGUGGCGGCGUCACCAAGGCCCGCCACAACAUCUGGCAAUCGCAUUGGCAGAACAAGGGCGUGGCCAGCUCCGUCUUCCGGUGUGUGUGGUGCAAGCAGAGCUUCCCCACCCUGGAGGCCCUGACCACCCACAUGAAGGACAGCAAACACUGCGGCGUGAAUGUGCCACCGUUCGGGAAUCUGCCGAGCAACAAUCCCCCCCAGCACCAGCACCAGCACCACCAACAGCACCACCAUCCGGCACCACCGCCGCCACCGCAGAACCACCAGAAUAUGCGCAAGCAGGGGGGCGGCGGCGGCUCCCAGGCGAAUCACUCCCCCUCGGCGAACGUGAAGAACGCGUUUCAGUACCGCGGCGAUCCCCCGACGCCGCUGCCCCGGAAGCUGGUGCGCGGCCAGAACGUGUGGCUGGGGAAGGGCGUGGAGCAGGCCAUGCAGAUCCUGAAGUGCAUGCGGUGCGGCGAGAGCUUCCGCUCGCUCGGCGAGAUGACCAAGCACAUGCAGGAGACGCAGCACUACACGAACAUCCUCUCCCAGGAGCAGAGCAUCUCCAUCAAGUCCCAGAACCAGGCCAACGCCAAUGCGGACUCCAAGGACAACCACAACAACAGCCUCAGCUCCGAGGAGAGCCGCACCCUGAGCGCCGUGCUCACGUGCAAGGUGUGCGACAAGGCCUUCAACAGUCUCGGCGACCUGAGCAAUCACAUGGCCAAAAACAAUCACUAUGCCGAGCCGCUGCUCCAGAAUGCCGGCGCCCGCAAAAGGCCGGCCCCCAAGAAGAGGGAGAAAUCCCUGCCGGUGAGGAAACUCCUGGAAAUGAAGGGCGGCGGGGCGGGCAAUCAGGACGAUUUGGCAGCGGAAAAGAGUGCUGUUCAAGGCAAGCCCGGCCUCGGACCGGGCGGAGGGGACAAAAACGAUGCCGCUUUGUUUGCGGAACGCAUGCGGCAGUACAUAACGGGUGUGAAGUCCCCGGAGGAGAUCGCCAAGGUGGCUGCCGCUCAGCUGUUGGCCAAAAACAAGUCGCCCGAGCUGCUGGAGCAGAAGAACGGCAAUGCCAAGCCGGGCAAUUCCUCGGUACUGAGUGCCAUCGAGCAGAUGUUCACCACCAGCUUUGAUACGCCGCCGCGGCACGCCAGCCUCCCGGCGAGCAGUCCCUCCAACUCGUCCACCAAGAACACCUCCCCCGUGGCCAGCAGCAUCCUGAAACGCCUCGGCAUCGACGAGACGGUGGACUACAAUAAGCCCCUGAUUGACACGAAUGAUCCGUACUAUCAGCACUAUCGGUACACGAGCAGCGAGCGGAGCGGCAGCGAGUGCAGUGCGGAGGCGGCCAGGCCACGUCUGGAUGCCCCAACGCCCGAGAAGCAGCAGCCGCUGAUGGCCUCCGCCUCCGCCAUGGAGGAGUCUUCGGCCGGCAAGUCCGUGGGCAGCAUCAAGCAGGAGGAGGCCAUCAAAAUGGAGAUCAAGUCUGAGAUCAGCGACGAGCAGAACGAUGACACGGCCAUGCCGUCGCCCAAAAUGGAGGCCACCCUGGUCAACGGCAGCUACACCGCCUCCUCCGCUGCCAACAACAAUAACAACAACAACAACAACAAUGUGGAGCGGGCCUCGCCCAAGACCCCCUCGGUGGCAGGGAGCCCGCAGUCGAGGCUCCUGCCGCCGCGUAGUCCGGCGGACAGCCAGCGUUCGGCCACACCCAAGUCUCCAGCCUCCAGCCACAAGUCGUACGACGGCAGCGAGGGCAACAAAAAGUAUCCCAGUGACUCCCUGAAUGCUUUGUCCUCGAUGUUCGAUUCGUUGGGGGCCAGUGGCGGCGGGGCCGCAGCCAAUACGAGAGCCAAGCUGGCCGCCGCUGCAGCCGCUGCCACCGGGGGAGUCCUGCCCGUGGCCGGCGGUAGCGAGUCUCCGGAGAAUCUAAGCGCCAGCAAUUCGCUGGCGGCCUUGCGACAGUUCUGCGUGAAGAAGGAGAAGACCGCCUAAGAGCUGGAGCUUCUCGGCCGCAAACCGGACCGUUCCGUAAAACGCUCUCGUUAGCCUCGUUUUUUCGUUG